AAUGCAUCCUGAGGGAAAGAAGCGGACAGACAGCCACAGCGAGCAGACACCAUGUCGGCGAAGGACGGCAUGAUGUGGCCCCUCUUACCGCUACUGCUGCUCGGUGUGCUGCGACCCUGCACCGCCGGAGUCCCAUUCAAACAGCAGUGUGACUCAUCCACAGAUGGCACCAUUUACAAAUACCACGCAAAGACUCUAAACGGGAGUCACACUGUGAACUUCAGUGACUACGCCGGCAAGAGUGUCCUCUUCGUCAAUGUGGCCACGUACUGAGGAUACACCUUUCAGUAUGUGGAAUUGAAUGCACUACAUGAGGAGAUGAAACCUCUUGGACUCACCGUUCUCGGCUUUCCCAGCAACCAAUUUGGGAAACAGGAACCAGGGCAAAAACAUGAAAUUCUGCCAGCUUUAAAGCAUGUUAGACCAGGCAAUGGAUUUGUUCCAAACUUCCUGCUGUUUGAGAAAGGUGAUGUGAAUGGAAAAGAUGAGCAAGAAGUUUUCACUUUCCUUAAGAACUUCUGCCCUCCAGUUGGAGUCAGCUUCGGUAACCCCACCGGGAGACUGUUCUGGGAGCCUCUGAUGAUCAGCGACAUCAAGUGGAACUUUGAAAAGUUUCUGGUGGGACCCGACGGGAAGCCAGUGAUGAGGUGGCACCCAAGUGUCAGCGUGUCUGAGGUCCGAGCGGACAUCCGCGAAUACCUGCUCAAACUAUACACAAAGGAAAUUUUUAAUUAGAUCUGAUCAUACAGUAUUCUGUUCAUCUGAUGAACUGUAAUGAGAUGCUAAAGUAGAAUGUAAAAUAGAAAGUAAUGCUAACAGUUUCUGAUCCAUGAAGAUGCAUGUUGAAUGAAGAGGAGGCUUGAAAACAGGAACUCUGUGGUGCCUCUUUGGAGUCUGGGGUUCAGGACAGCUCUUUAGUGCAUUCAGGCUGCCCUGCAUUCCCACAGCAUCAUGUCAUCUUCUCAUCCAAAGACCUGUUAGCCAUUACAGCCUUUAUGUUAAUUACUUCCAAUAAAUCAUU